CCCUCUCCCCGUUUGGGGAGUGUGUGUAGGGAUCGCGCUGCGCUCUCCGUGGGGAGGUGCUGUGUGCUGGCUUGGGGCCUGACCUCGCACCCUCCUCAGAGGCACGGGUAACCUGUGGGGUGCGGGUUGCCCGCUCAGUCUUCAUGGGCGUUGCGGGGGGAGGUGUUUUCCCCUGCUAGCCAGGCCGGGAAGGGUGUAACUCACACAACACAGAGGCAUUGGGGAGGGUGUAACUGUGUCCCAGCCCCACACUCACCGCAUGCCGUAGACCCCCGUGGGAAGGGCAGAGGGUUUAGAGUUGAGGCUGCUGGGUUUUAUACCAAGCUCUACUGCUGGUUUAGGUAACUUUGGCUAAUCACUUCUCUGCCACCGUUUACCUUUCUGUAAAAUGGGUGUAAAUUCUUACCUAAGGUGCCUGAGCACGUUAAAAUACUCACGAGGGGGACACCUAGGGUAACCAGACAGCAAGUGUGAAAAAUCAGGAUGGGGGUGGGGGGUAAUAGGAGUUUAUAUAAGAAAAAGACCCAAAAAUCGGGACUGUCCCUAUAAAAUCGGGACAUCUGGUCACCCUAGGGGCACCAGGAAGCCACUUCCUUUGUAUAAUAUCACUGAACCUGCCUGUUGUAUUAGGAAAUAUAAUUGGCUGAGAACUUAUAUAUUUUCUUUCAUCUGAAAAUAUCAAAGUAUUGAGAACAAUACAGCAAGACGUUAAGUGACCUGCUCAAGGAUACACUUGUGAAAUAUCUUUGUUUAACAAAAAAAAAAACCCUUUAAUUCAGAUUAUAUUACUAAGAAAUGGUUUUCUUUAGGAGUCUAAAUCACACAUUGUAUUUAUUUUAUAUUUUUAAAAAAUCCCAAAAUCUUAGUAUAGUAUAUCAGAAAUUUGCCAAUAGAUAAACAUAGCCACCAGUCUCGCUUUUAUGUUCUCUCCCCCUAUAACCAAAGGGAUAUAUUUAAUGACUAUAAAUAAUGUUUGAUACUUACCAUGCAUUUGACAUAUUUGCUGUCUUCUGGAAGGUAUAAUAUUGGUAGCCUUAAUUUUGAUUAUGCUGAAAUUCUUUGUAAAUAUUUGGGCCAUGGAAAUUAUUGCUACUGUUCUAGUAUGUCUUCUCUUACAAAUGGUUUAUGUUUCACAAUAUGCAAAAAGAGAAGAAGGAUGAUCCUGUGUUAGGGCACUCACUUGGGGACUUGGAGAGCUGGAGUUGAUUUACCUGCUUCAUCACAACUUCUGUGUGACUUUGGACAAGUCACUUAAGCCCAGAUCCUCAAAGGCUAUCUUGGACUACCUGGUUCGUUUGAGGAACAAGGGCCUGGCACACUCUUCCAUUAGAGUUCAACUCACAGCCAUCUCUGCUUUUCACCUACCAGUCCAAGGACAAAUGGUGUUCUCCCAUGACAUGAUGGUCAGAUUCCUGAGAGGGCUGGAGAGACUCUUCCCGCAGGUACGGGCUCCUGUCCCGCAGUGGGAUCUUAACUUGGUCCUCUCUAGGCCUAUUGGCCCUCCCUUUGAGCCACUGGGUUCCUGCUUCUUUUCCCACCUGUCAUGGAAGGUCGCGUUCCUGGUGGCAGUGACAUCAGCAAGAUGGGUCUCUGAGAUUAAAGCCUUGACCUCAGAACCUCUGUACAUGGUCUUCUACAAAGAUAAGGUUCAGUUGCGGCCCCACCCAGCCUUCCUGCUGAAGGUGGUUUCUACCUUCCAUAUGAACCAGGACAUCUUCCUCCAGGUGUUCUGUCCCAAACUGCACAAGGCCAGUGAAGAAAGGCGUCUUCACUCCCUGGAUGUCCGGAGGGCCUUGGCUUUUUACUUAGAGCGUACCAAACCUUUCUAUAAAUCGAUUCAACUCUUCACUGCUACAGCGGAUAAGAUGAAGGGUCACCCGGUGUCCUCGCAGAGGAUUUCCAAUUGGAUUACCUCAUGGAUAAGGACCCCAUGCAACACAUCUCGAAGAACACCGGUUACGGAAAAGGUCCAAGAAAUAUCUACCAGACCCAUGGAUAUGAAGUAAAUAUUGUACAGAUCCUGGUAGGAAACAAAUAGAAACUUGCUAUGAGAAAUGGACUGGCAACAGUCAUAGGAUAUUUUACAUUCUGAGUAACAAAGAAAAGUAAUUUAGCUAAAAAAACAACGUAUCUAGUGAGUGAUGUAACUUACACAGUAUUUUUUUCAGAAACCAUGAUCCAUAAAAUUCUUAAGAACCUGAUUCAUCCUCCUUCAGAUAUGAUGU